CUAAAAACAAAAAUACAAGUUUUGGGGAAGUUCAGAAGUGGCCCUAAAAUAAGCUGUUGUUGAAGUUCCAAUAAUGGCAGAUAGUGAACACCCUCGUCUCAUUCUCCAUAACUUUCUUCCUCUAGAUCUUUGCAAGGAGUUAGAGUUUAUACACAAGAGUUGUUGUACAGUAGGGUAUAGGCCAAAUGUGUUCUCUACAACAUUAUCUCAUCUUAUUGCAACUAAUUGCGCCCCUUUGAUCAUGCCCAUCAUUCCAAUCAGAGAGAGGCUAAGGGAGAAAGCAGAAGAGUAUUUUGGUUGCCAGUACGAGUUGUUUGUCGAAUUCACUGGUCUGAUCAGCUGGUGUAGAGGAGCAAGCAUCGGUUGGCACAGUGAUGAUAAUAGACCUUACCUUAAACAACGGGAUUUUGCGGCAGUGUGUUAUUUAAAUAGCUAUGCGGAUUUCAAAGGUGGUAUCUUUCACUUCAAGGAUGGAGAACCUGCAGACAUUGUGCCCAUUGCUGGUGAUGUUAUCAUGUACACGGCUGAUGACCGGAAUAUACAUUCUGUUGAUGAGAUUACUGAAGGGGAGCGAAUUACACUUACUUUAUGGUUCAGCCGUGAUGCAUCUUAUGAUGAAGAUCCUAAACUCAUCUCAUCUCUCUCACCAGAUUUAUUGGGUGUUGCGGAUAGCAAGUUGCAUUCAUAUAUACCCAUGCCAGGAUCCAUCAAUAUGUACUGGUUUCCACCAGACGAAGCUUCAAGUUUCUUGUUCGGAUUUGAUAUACGCUGCGGAAGAUUGCAUGUUCUUGGAUUUGAUAUCUAUCCAUUUCAGGAUACUUUCCAUUUAUCAGAAUCAGAAUCAUCUUACAACUUACUGGAGUUACUGACAGGACCACUACUUAUAGCACGAGACAGCAAAAUGUUCGAGCCGCAAUUUCUUAAUAUAAUGCAUGCACUUCAGAUGGUGCAGUUCUAUCUCUGGAGGUUCUCCAAUUUAAAGACAAAAGUCGAAGGAACGUCUCCAAAUAUAACUCCGACUUCCCAGACACAAAAAACAGAAAUAGAUCGUCUGAAAUCCGUGUUUCUGAAGGAUCUUCAACUCGUGAGACGUUUCUUUGGCCAUUCGAAACCUAUGAAGGACAUGGAGUAUGAAUUUGAUUGGGAUACUUUUUCAGCUGCAGUUCUUGAAUGGGAAUGUUAUGUUGUAAAAUUACAGGAGGAAUUGGUUCUGCAUUUACCUCAUUGGAAAACUAAUGAAUCCAUCUUUUGUGUUACAUUAGGAGGAGAUCUUGAGGAUUGAAUAUAUUAUUUGGUCUAACUUCAUAUACAUAUUUUUCAAUAUAGAGAUACUUUGAUU